GAAGAGAAGGACGAGGGUUUGCGAAGCCCCCCGACCCCCUCCGGCCGGACCCUCCUCCAUCAGCUGCGGCGGCCGGGCCUGAAGAGCCUGAGCCCGUCCUCUCGCCGCCAUGUCCCAGCCCACGGGAGCCGCCACCACCCCAGUCGCCCACGAAGCGAAGAGCAGCCCAGGCGGCGGCGGCGGCAACAAAGUGCAGCGAUCCAAGUCGUUCAGCCUGCGGGCCCAGGUGCAGGAGACGUGCGCCGCCUGCCAGAAAACCGUCUACCCCAUGGAGCGGCUCGUGGCCGACAAGUUCAUCUUCCACAGCGCCUGCUUCUGCUGCAAGCACUGCCGAGCCAAGCUCAGCCUGGGCAGCUACGCGGCCCUGCACGGGGAGUUCUACUGCAAGCCGCACUUCCAGCAACUCUUCAAGAGCAAAGGCAACUACGACGAGGGCUUCGGCCGCAAGCAGCACAAGGAGCUCUGGGCCCACAAGGAGCUGGACGGCGGCGGCGGCGGCGGCGACGCCAAGACGGCCUGA